UGAAAUAUUAUUUGCAAUUUUUUCCAUUGUUGUUUUUAAGAAGUGAGGUUAAAAAAAAUAUUAUUUUAUAUUUAAUUUUUAAAUCAUGAAACUUUAUGUAAAACAAACGUGUCCCUCAUGUUCAUGUCACUACUGAAACAGUGUGUGUUUUUCAUUGUCUGAGACUGAUUUUAACACACUUCUACAUUUCUGACCAGGAAAUAUUCCUGUGUCCCUCCCUCUCUUAGCCUCUCUUUCACAGUAGAUAGCUCCAUCAUUAAAUGUGUUCAGAAGUCUGAAAAUCUGUGUGGAACUUUAAGAACGUCACUAACAAACACCUUUUUCUGCAAUUAAGCAAACUUUUUUGGGUGUUAUUCCAUAAAAUGUAGUUUUUAUGUGUGUACAACUGUUCAGAACUGUGCUAGCUAACCAUGUGCUGAUUAGCAUCUUUGAGCGGCUCAAAAGAGUCUAAAAUUGUCACUACCGAAACUUCACCACAUGUUUCGGUCGUGAUUGUUUUGGUAGUGACAAAAGGGAACACUAUCAUUUAUUUGGGGGAAAUAAACACAAUUUUUAUUACAGUUAUGCAAAUCAUUAGUAUUUUAAUGUUUUAGUAUGCGAGUUAAAUCCUGUAACGUGAUGUGGUCACUACCAACACAUUACUGUCACUACCGUAAAUGUGCAGUCACGACCGAAACAUGGAUAUUUGUCAAAAAUAAAGUAUUUUGAAUGAUCAACUAAGAUGUUAUUAUAGUGUUUGGUUCAAUGUUUAUUCAAACUAAUGAAUCCUUCACUUUGAAAUCAGUAUGAUAAACUUUAUGACUUUUACAAAGAAAGAUUGGAUUCAAAAUACAGCAAAUCUCAUAAAUUACACUUGAAAUAUUGUUAAAAUUGUAAUUGUUAUUGAUUUACCUGUGAAAACGUUUUUAAAAAAUAAUAAAAAAAUAUAUUUACAAGGUAGAUGUGAACAAAAUCUUAAUAGGUCAAUGUGACCCUUCUUAUUAAAUGAUUUUUUAUUGUGUUUCGGUAGUGACAAAUUUGAGGAGAGGAAAAAUAUUCCAGAACUUUCUGAAAAUACAAUAUGAGAAUUAACUGUACAGUUACUAGAAAUGUGUACCAUGGAUAUUAUACAAUUUGCAUACAUACAAAAUUUGUGGGAAAAAAAUUUCCAACUCUGACUUUGAACCAGUUCUGUAGAAUGACCCGUAUGUCUGAGUGGAUCAGUAACUUGAGGUCAGUCUGAGGUAACUUUUUAACGCCAAACUAAGGGAGCAAAAGAUUUACUAGCAAAUAAAUAGUGAAUAGUGAAUAUAUUUUGUUAUUGACAUGUCCUACUUUGAUUGAUUUGACUGUGUGAAGCAUUUUCUUCAAGUUAGGGAAAAAGACCAUCAGCCCAUUCUGCUCAGCCAAUCAGGCAACAGCAGCUGGUCCAGCGGUGUGUGAGCGCCCUCUACUGACUGACGCAGUGGACUGGAACACGGAACUGACGUCAUUGUUGGUCAGUUUGAGGCCGUAAAAUGGCAGAAGCCAGUAUUUCUCAGGACGAGUUGAUGUGUCCAGUGUGUCUGGAUCUCCUGAAGGAUCCAGUGGCCAUUCCCUGUGGACACAGUUACUGCAUGAGCUGCAUUACAGACUGCUGGGAUCAGGAGGAUCAGACGAGAGUCUACAGCUGCCCUCAGUGCAGACAGAGCUUCAGCUCGAGACCUGCUCUCAGCAGGAACACCAUUCUGGCUGGGAUGGUGGAGAAACUGCAGAAGACUGAAGCGCGAGCUGCGGCCGGUGGAGCUGGAGACGUGCUGUGUGACGUCUGCACUGACGUCAGAGACAGAGCCGUCAAGUCCUGUCUGGAGUGUCUGAGCUCUUACUGUCAAACACACCUGCAGCAGCACCAGAGCCUCUUCAAAAGAAACACACACAGCCUGAUGGAGGCCACUGGACGACUGCAGCAGAUGAUCUGCCCUCGACACCAUAAAAUGCUGGAGGUUUACUGCCGUACCGACCAGCAGUGUGUGUGUUACGUGUGUAUGAUGGACGAGCACAAACUUCAUGACGUCGUGUCAGCUGCAGCAGAGAGGACUGACAAACAGAGACACUUGGAUGAGACAAAGAGAAGCUUCCAGCAGAGAAUCCAGGAGAAAGAGAAGGAGCGCGAGGAGCUGAGAGAAGCGCUGGAGUCUCAUAAGAUUUCCGUCGAUUCACUCUGGAUCUGAACACAGUGAAUAAACGUCUGCGUCUGUCUGAGGGGAACACCGUGAUCACAUCCGGGGACACAAUCCAGCCGUACGCUCCUCAUCCAGACCGGUUUGACUGUGAGCUGCAGGUGUUGUGCCGAGAGAGUGUGUGUGGACGCAGCUACUGGGAGCUGGAGUGGAGCGGGAGCGUCUAUAUAUCAGUGUCCUAUAAGAGCAUCUGCAGGAAAGGAACGGGUCCUCAGUGCGUGUUUGGACGUAACGAUCAGUCCUGGUGUUUGUCCUGCUCUCCCUCCGGAUAUUUAUGCUGGCACUAUAGUUUAGACAUUCCAGUGCCGGUUUCCUCCAGCUGCUCUAGAAUAGGAGUGUAUGUGGAUCCGAGUGCAGGAACUCUGUGCUUCUACAGCGUCUCCGACACGAUGAGCCUCAUCCACAGGGAACAGGCCACAUUCACACAGCCGCUCUAUCCGGGGUUUUUAGUCGGGUCUAGGUCGACAUUAAGACUGUGUGAUCUAACAAUAUAAACAGCACAGAGAUUCAUUUGAAAGCGUUUAACUUUAAAGUGUCCCUAUUCUGCUUUUUUCCCUCAUGUUCAUCUCUCUUUAGUGUUGUAAUGUCACGUGUCAUUCUCAGCACUCUGGAAUAUUACUAGACAUAAUUUCCUUCGGCUAGCCAGCCACGAACGCCACAAAACGAGCCCCUUUUCUCCCGUGAACCCUACAGGCUCCAGCACAGCUCAGAAGUGUUGUUAACAAAACGUCCUUCCCCUCCCUCUUUUUAAAACCAUUCUACAAUUAUUUAUUGUUCACAGGUGUGCUCACCUAUAUGGAAGGCCAACAGGGCCAAAAUGUGUGAAACUGACCUGUAAACACGUAAUUGCAUCUUAUCGCGUAAUUUACGCUUUAACAUGUCAUUUACGAUGGCCUCACCCAGCAUGCCAAUAUCUUACACUAUUUAUUGGUUGCUGUGAAGUUUGGGUUUCCUCUUUAAAGUAUGUGCACUGUAGAAUUAAAUGAAAUAAGCAGUGUAUGUAAUCAGGAUACCAAAGCGUGACAGUGCCACAAGGCUGCUAUUGUUGUUAAUAUUCUCUGUUGGUAAAUCUGCUCGUGAGUGUGCAUCGAGUGCUCGCCCGGACCUUACCGGGUUACAAUUAAAGGUGGUGGCAGCGUAAGUGCAAGCUGACCAGUGCCCCCUAGUGGCGGCUGGGUUUAUUACACUAUCCUCUCUUACAGUUUUGUGAGUUAACAAUGCCACAAAUUAUUAAACCACCUGGCUGUCAGUAAAACACAUUAAAUUUAGUUACUGCCUAAAUAAUAUAUUUUAAUAAUAUUUAUAUAAUUACAUUUAAUUUAAAAAUUAAUACAUUUAAUUUAUUAAUUUAAUUUAAAUACAAUAAAUUUAAUAUAUUGUCUCUCUAUAUUUUAUUGUUUUAUUCAAGUGAUGAUAAAAAAAAAGGUAAAAACCCCAGAAAAACUAGAACUAGCAUGAAAUAAAUGUUAAACAGAAAUAAGAAAGCUGUAAAGUAACUCGCGUCCUCUCCGCAUUGGAUUUUGGGAAAUAGUUUCCCUGUCCAAAUACCCACACUUGCAGUCUUUGCACUUGACCACUUGUCUACUUACAUGACAUAUUUGCUGUAUUUGGCCCAAGUGUUCAAGUAGGUAUGAAGACUGCAAGUGUGUAUAGAACUCUUGAGUUCCUGAACGUAAUGCAUGAUGGGAUACGCUUAGCCUUGAAUAAUGCCGAAGCGGUAUUUGAGAUAGUGUGGGUUUAGUGUGCAUUAAGGGUACUGCACUUUGGCAUUUUUAAGACAUGGGUAUUUGGGGAUGGGGAUAAGUGUGGGUAUUUGGACGGGGCAAAGCUGUGAUCCAGCUUCACUGUGAGAUGAUUCGUUUUUUUUAUAUAUAUUUAUAAGCUUUGAAUCCUCUGUGUCAAAGUGUUCCACACUGUUAAUUAAAAGGUCAUUAAAUCUGUUGCAUGUCACAUUGCAAGGCUUAAAAUUUUAUUACAAAUAUCUAUUACAAACACAUUUCUAAAAAACUGAAAUUAUAUAUUUAACUGGCCUUUGAUUUAUUUUGCAUAUAAUUCUACAGGUCAGAUUCUGUUACUUUUUUAAUUACAAAAUGUUUAAAAGUGCAAUUUACUGUGUAAUGGCAUUAAUAUUAUAGUUGUACCAUUUAACAUUUACAUUUCAAUUAUAAACAGUUGUUCUGGUGUCACUGAAAUACUGUUCUAGUUUUUUUUUUAACAUUUUGAAGUUUUUAUUUGCAUAUUCAUGUUUUAAUAAUUUUAUUAAAUAUAGUGUUCAAAAAGCACCAAUAAAACUGGAUCAUCUUUAUGUUUCAGUUGUUUUUGUCUAUAUAUAUAGUAUGCUCUCAAUGACAAAUGCAGAACAGUUAGUUCAUGCGUUCAUGACCUCAAGGCUAGAUUACUGUAACGCUCUACUGGGUGGUUGGGUAGUUCUGCUCGCCUGAUAAAUAAACUACAGCUCGUACAAAAUGCAGCAGCUAGAGUUCUUACUAGAACUAGAAAGUAUGACCAUAAUUGACUGCAGGCGGUAGAUCCUUUUCCUAUUUAGUGCCUAAACUCUGGAACAAUCUUCCUAGCAUUGUUCGGGAAGCAGACACACUCUGUCAGUUUAAAUCUAGACUAAAAACGCAUCUCUUUAACCUGGCAUACACAUAACACAUUAUCAAUUUAUGUUUUCACAUCCAUUAAAGGAUUGUUAGGCUGCAUAAAUUAGGUCAGCCGGAACCGGGAACACUUCCUAUAACACCUGAUGUACUCGUUACAUCAGAAGAAGAAUGGCAUCUACGCUAAUAUUAGUCUCUCUGUUUAUCCCGAGGUGUACCGUAGUCAGCCGGAUCCGGGCCGUAUCCAGGUGAGAUGGAGGACCUGCGCCUUGACACGACCACAACACAGCCCUGAAGUAUCAGCAGAGAUUGAGUCAACUAGAUCAUCCCCUGUGAGGGCCUCAUCGACACGACAGCCACGACACAGUUCCUCAACAAACCAUCCAUAUCGGCGUGAUGAAUACGAUCCUCGACCACAUGGAACUGGAUUAAAUAUUUUGACUGUUGUGAUCCCAACGGACUUAUGAUAGCUACCUGAAUCAUAAUCAUGCACUGUUCGCUGUUGGCCAGAGCGAACUGAGCCUGGUUUCUCCCAAGGUUUUUUCCUCCAUUUUUGUCACCUGUUUGUCACCUGAUGUCACCUGUUGGAGUUUGGGUUCCUUGCCGCUGUCGCCUUUGGCUUGCUUAGUUGGGGACACUUGAUAUUAAACAGUGUUUUAAUCUCCUGCAUUGACACCAUUGCAUGCGAACUGAACUGAGCUGGAUGAUGACAUCACUGUUUACUCCAGUGCUGAUAUAGAUAAAUUAAAUUAAUAACUAUUGAUUCUUACAUCGGAAUGAAUCAAUACUGUAUUUAUUUCAGCUGGAUAAUGACACCGUUUUCUUUAAGAGCUGCUGUGCAGCCAAAAUUACACACCAGUUAUCACUGUAUCUGCAUUGUAAAAAUCGCUAUAUAAAUAAAGGUGACUUUUGAAUGCUUA